AUGAACGACAUCCGGAGUAACCGAGAACUGUACGUGCAGUACACAGCCAUGGCCCCUAAGCUGCUGUCCCGCAUCUCCAAGUUACUCGUCAUGUGCCGGAGUGCAAGCAUUGCUGUACCUAAGGGCAUCAGGAACAUCUUUGAGUUCACUUGGGAGGAGCUCAUCACUGACCCCAUGGUGCCUACCCCGUCUGACAUCCCGGACCUGGAGAUCAGCUUUGGGACCCCGCCUGUGGUGCUUCUGGAACCAUCCCCUGUGCAAGUUCCUAUCCAGAAGAAGCUGCCACCGCCAGCAGCAGCAGCACAACCACUGAUGCUCCCCGCAUCCACUGGGCCAGCCAAGCUCACCACCCACCCUCCCACCCGUGGCCAUCGGGUGCACUCCAGCCAGAACGUCCUGCACAAGUUCCAGCGGCAGUCUAUCCACCUGCUGACAGAGCUGCUCACCCUAAAGAUGAAGGCCAUGGUGGAGUCUGUGUCUGUUGGUGCCAACCCCCUGGACAUCACAAGGCGCUUUGUGGAGGCCAGCCAGCUCCUCCACCUCAAUGCCAAGGAGAUGGCUUUUGACUACCUGAUUAGUGCAGCUGGGAGAAGUGGCUAUGGUGUUGGACCAUUGGGUAAAGAGUCCUUCACAAGCAUCUCAGCCAUGGGAGUGAACUCACCUUAUCAGCUUAUCUAUGAGGCCUCUACUGGCUGUCUAAGUUUUUCCCUCUCAACUGGAAGGGAAGCUAAGAAGAAAGCAGGUAACAGCAAAUCAAAAAAUUUAGAAGAGAUAACCCCGUCACCCCCUCGACGAGGAAUGGGAGCUUCUUCCUCUGACAAUGUGCAGUUUAGCGACCCCUGCCCUGAGGCCCGGCAGAAGCUGCAGGAGAUGUGUCGCCAUAUAGAAGCUGAAAGAGCCUCGUGGAAAGGGAGGAAUAUCUUCUACCCCAUGAUCUUACGCAACUACAGGGCAAAGAUGCCUUCUCAUCCAACAUCAACCUUGAAAGGAGAUGCUCAGACCCCAAGCUCCCAACACUCUCACCUUCCCGGUGCCCAGGCUUCUACUGCCACCCUGCACCAGCCUCCCAUCUCCCAUGGUCGCUUCAUCCAGAACCCCCAGGAGGUGAAGGGAGCCAAGAAGGCCAUCAAGCUGCAUUAUACCUUCUACGAUGGGUCUUCCUUCGUUUACUAUCCCUCUGGAAACAUUGCCAUGUGUCAGAUCCCUACGUGCUGCAGAGGGAGAACCAUCACCUGCCUAUUUAAUGACACACCCAGCUUCUCUUUCCUGGCCCUGUUCGAUGCUGAAGGCCAGGGCUGUGUUCACUACAACCUAAAGGCCCGCUGCCCAUAUGUCUUGAUCUUGGAUGAGGAAGGCGGGACCACCAACGACUACAAGGGCUAUGCAGUUCACAAGUGGAGCUGGGCUUCUAAGACAGAGACUUUGCUCUCCCUGGAAUAUAAGGUGAAUGAGCAAAUGAAGCUGACGGUGCUGGGGCAGGACUCCAUCAUGGUCACCUUCACCUCCCUGAAUGAGACAGUAACACUCACUGUAUCGCCCAACAACUGUCCCCACGGGGUAGGGCACGAUAAAAGGGCAACCCACAAGAUCAGCAGCAUGGAUGACAAGAUGUCUAAGAUGAACCGAGCUCUGGCAGAGAUCAAGAAGCGGUUUCAGAAGACAAUGUCUCAGUUCAUGAAUUCUGUCUUACUGGCAGCGGGCCUGCUCACCAUAGAAUAUCCAGUAAGGGAGGAAGCAGAAAUAAGUCGAAACAAAAUGAAAUCCUGGCUCAAUCCUGAGCGGGGCACCAAGCCAAAUCUCUACUCAGGAGAAACCCUUGCAUUACGAUGUCAGUCAAUCCAACAAGAGGCCUCAUUUGGAGAGUUUUUGAAGGAAGAACCUGGGUCUGCUCCUGUGAGCCCCACCCGCAAGAAGACCAUCAAGAUCCAAGCCAAAACCCCAGUCACACCCAGAGGGAAGGCCCGCGAGGUUUGCAGCCCCACCAGGUGGGCAGCCUCGCCGUCUGACUGCCCUUUGGUGUUGAGGAAGCUCAUCUGUAAGGAAGACAUCCGGGCUGGCUGCAAGUGCAUAGUGAAGGCGCCCCUGGUAUCAGACGUGGAGCUAGAGCGCUUCCUGUCAGCGCCUCGGGACCCCAGCCAGGUCCUGGUGUUCGGGAUAGUGUCCGGCCAGAGUCCCACCAGCACAGGACAGCUCCAGUGGCUGCUCAACACACUCUACAGUCGCCAGCAGCAAGGCCGCGCCUCACCUUGCAUACAGUGCCGGCAUGACCCUUACCGCCUACUGCGGUAUGACCUGGACAGCCCCCUGCAGAAGGACCCGCCCCUGCUGGUGAAGAAGUACGCUGUGGCGCAGGGGAUGGUUUUGAUGUUCGCUGGGGGGAAGCUCCUUUUCGGGGGCUGCGUUUUGAAUGGAUAUGGCUUCAGCAAGCAGAAUCUGCUGAAACAGAUCUUUCAGGCUCAACAGGACUGCAAGAUGGGUUACUUCCUGCCCGAGAACUACAAAUUUAGCGGUUCAACCUCCAUCCUGGCCCUGGACGACCCUGACUUGGCCAGGAGAGCGGUGUUGGAAGACAUCCAAGGAAGCAUGUCCUCGUUGACCAUAGGGGACGAGAUGGAGGAGUCUUCCCCUGAAGCAGAGAAGAAGAUGAAACAGUCUGAGGUGGAUCUGCGUCCUAACAGCAAAGGCAGGAGGGGCAGUAAGAAGAUAAAUGACUGGAAGAAACUGGCCCCCAAGAAGUGA